GCUUUUUCCUGGGAGGAGCCUGCCGCGCUGUCAUGAGUCUCUUCAAGUUCGUGGAUAUUGGCAUCAACCUGACAGAUCCCAUGUUCAGAGGAAUUUACAGGGGAGUGCAGAAGCAUCAAGAUGAUUUACAAGAUGUAAUAGAGAGAGCCAUCCAGAUUGGUGUUAAAAAGUUUAUGAUCACAGGUGGAAGUCUACAAGACAGUAAAGAUGCACUGCAGUUGGCACAGACAAAUGACAUGUUUUUCAGUACAGUGGGGUGUCAUCCCACCAGAUGUGAUGAAUUUGAGAAGGAUAGCCCUGAUAACUAUCUAGCAGGAUUGCUGAACCUUGCUGAGAACAACAAAGGAAAAGUUGUAGCAAUAGGGGAGUGUGGCCUGGAUUUUGACCGACUUCAGUUUUGUCCCAAAGAUACUCAACUCAAAUAUUUUGAAAAACAAUUUGAACUGUCAGAACAAACAAAAUUGCCAAUGUUUCUUCACUGUCGAAAUUCACAUACUGAGUUUUUGGAUAUUAUGAGAAGAAACAGAGACCGGUGUGUGGGCGGAGUGGUGCAUUCAUUUGAUGGUACAAAGGAAGCAGCAGCUGCUUUGAUUGACUUGGACCUUUAUAUAGGAUUUAAUGGUUGCUCUCUGAAAACUGAAGCUAACCUGGAAGUUCUGAAGUCAAUACCUAGUGAAAAACUAAUGAUUGAGACAGAUGCACCUUGGUGUGGAGUUAAAAGUACACAUGCUGGAUCAAAAUACAUUAAAACUUCAUUUCCUACCAAAAAGAAAUGGGAAAAUGGAUACUGUUUAAAAGAUAGAAACGAGCCCUGCCAUAUAAUGUGAGCACUGCUGGUCAAUACAGCACUCUGUACCGCGUUUCAACACUGAGGGAGAAAGAAAGUAAAGCAUCCUUGGCAUCAGAGGGGUCUUUAACGCUCUGGCAAACACCAGCUGUGCACCAAAAACCAAACACUUAAUUCCUACAACCUCAUUCCUUCACCUGUAAAGUAAGAAUAACACUAUCCACCUUUGAGGAGUGACUGACAGAUUAGGAAAACCUGUGAAAAUGCUUUAUAGCAGACAAAUGUAGACUGUUUACUGCUAAGAACAAAACUGCAUCUUUAUUGACACUCCCUUUCUGUGGGAAUAAGGCAGCAGAUGCUUGUACUUUUGAAGGUUUUGGUCAGGACCUCGCUACCAGCUACCCACCCACAACCCCACCAUUUCAACGGCAAGAACCCACCUAACAAAAUCUGCCAAGCGGUAAUGAUCAGAAGAAGGCCUCUUUAGAUAUGUUUAUCACUCUGAUGAUGUAGUACAGAGAGAAACAGAAAGUGAAAUAUGAAAUACUUUUAGUUCUC